AUGAAGUCAUUUAUCCAGUUCGCGGUCGUACCGACCUCCGAUACGCCAGGCACCACCCUCAUCCUUCACUACGAUGACAAGCGCUACUUUUUCGGGAACCUUUCCGAAGGGUCGCAGAGAGCCUGCAUUGACAACGGAGUUCGGAUGUCAAAGUUGUCGGAGAUUUUUAUGACUGGCACAACAUCAUGGUCAUGCAACGGGGGGAUGCUGGGUAUGCUUCUAACGGUGUCAGAUACCAUGACAGCGGCAUCAGCAGCCGCUGUAGACGCGGAGAAGCUAAAGAUCAAGAACCUGGAGCAACGCUUGAAAAUAGCGGUGCGACAGUCGGAAAUCGAUGACCUGGUGGCACGGAUAAAGCGGCGCAAGGACGGCCUAUCAAAUGUGCCAGAGUUCUGUGGCCAACGGCCACUCUCUCUAUACGGCGGGCCUAACUUGACGCAUACCCUGGCGACUGCGAGAACGUUUGUUUGUCGAACCGGCGUACCUAUCGAAAUCCGGGAGUUCGGUGGUGUUGACAGCGAAGAGGGCACUGCGUCGAGCGACCUUUCCAAACCUGCCUGGUCGGAUGAGAACAUCCAAGUCUGGCCUCUACCGAUAUACCCAUCGGCUCCCAAACCACGCACACGAAAGAGAAGCUUGGACGAAUUUGAAGAGGCAGUGGAAGUUGCACCGACUAAAACUGCUCGGGAGAAGGAUAUGCAGGCCAGACAGAAGAUAGUCCUGGAUAUGUUCAACUCUCAAUGGCGCCUAGAUACCCUGAUUGAGACUCCUUUAGCCGAAGUGUCCCUGCCUGCCACACUCUUUGUCCGUGACGCAGACACGGGGGAGGUAAAACCGUACGACGGCCCAAAGCCUGGUGACGAACAGCCGCUCCCGGAUAUUAAGGUCCUUGUCCGGCAACCCUGGCCCGGCGCGAUGGUUGACUCCCUGCCUGCAGCUAAGCCGUCGGAGUGUGCAAUCUCAUACAUUGUGCGUGGCCGCGACAUCAGAGGCAAGUUUGACAGGAAGCGAGCAGAAGCUCUCAACAUUCAAAAAUCAGAUUACAAGAUAUUAGCAUUCGGAGGCAAUGUUCAGUCGAUAGACGGCAAGACGAUCACCCCCGACAUGGUCCUCGGGGAUACCAGACCAGGCAAGGGCUUUGCUGUUAUCGAGCUGCCUUCUGUUGAUUAUAUUCAGGCUCUGGUUGACCGAAAGGAAUGGCAGACCCCUGAAUUUAUAAAGGGACUCGAGGUGUUUAUUUGGAUCCUUGGUCGUGGUGUCGGUGGACAUCCACUCCUACAGGAAUUCGUGGCGAAAAUGUCGAAAUACCAACACGUCGUUUCGGCGCCGGAUUAUUGCCCCGACAGUUACGGUUUCCCAGCGGCAUCCUCUGCUACAAUUGACUUUUCAACCAUCGAUAGUGAUCGAUACCAAAUUCCAUUCUGCAACAACAGAAGUGAAAAGACUCUUGAUAGUUUUACACCGGCAGAUUCUAAGGCACCCGUUUCUAUUGCCCAGGCUAACCUGGUAGUUGACCUCGAACCCGUCCUUAAGUUUGAUAAAAGCUCCGUGCAAAACCCCGUCGGUACAUCCAAGUCAAACUCCAGGCUAUCUCGGAAGAAUAGUUAUGCAAGACUCAUUAGAGAGUCGUCCGAGAACCCGAGAAUCAAGGGGAAAGCUAAAGAGCUAAUGGACAGUAUUCCUAACGGAGAUGCUGAAGUUAUUUCUCUUGGUACCGGCUCCUCGUGUCCUUCUAAAUACAGGAAUGUGUCUGGAACCCUACUGCGAGUCCCUGGGCACGGGAAUUAUUUGCUCGAUGCGGGCGAAGGCACCCUGGGCCAAUUGAAGCGCAUUUUCGGGCCAGAGGAGCUCAAAGAAGUCUUCCGCGAGCUUAAAGCUAUAUGGAUCAGUCAUUUACAUGCUGAUCAUCACUUAGGGACCACGUCAGUGAUAAGAGCCUGGUAUGAAGCUGUUCACGGAAAGUCACCUCCUCCAACAGCUGACUUAGACAUCCCCGAGGAUGAAGUGUCCAAAAUUCUUCAGGAAAAGAGACUCUAUGUUAUUUCAGCUCCUCACAUGCUGCAGUGGAUGGCAGAGUAUGCCAACGUCGAAAACUAUGGCUACGAUAAAGUUAUCCCACUCUCGGCGUCCUCAUACGAACAUCCUGAUGGGAAUACAGAAUUUUUUUAUACCAUCUAUCGUCGUCAAAAGAAUGGCAGCACCAUUGUGGACAAAGAUGGCAAACACCUUGGAACUCGACUGAUGUUUGAGGAUGCGGCAUCCCCUCUUACCAAGCUAUUGAAGGAGGGUACUGGACUCGAGGCCCUGCUCACAACGCCCGUCGCCCAUUGUCAAGGAGCAAAAGCCGUCUCUUUCGUCUUUCCCACGGGAUUUAAAGUGUCUUACUCGGGCGACUGCCGUCCUUCUACUCGCUUCAUCGAAAUCGGCCGCGGGUCUACACUCCUGAUCCAUGAAGCCACUUUCGAUGACAACAUGAUCUCGGAUGCAGUUGCUAAACGUCACUCAACCAUCAGCGAAGCGAUGACAGUCGGCCUUCGCAUGGAGGCCAAGGUGGUUGUCCUAACUCACUUUAGUCAGCGAUAUCGGAAAAUGUCUGAUAUCGAUAAUGCAAGGGAAGUUGACAUCAAGCCACCCAGAGUUUGGGGUAAUAGACCCAGCCCUGGAGACAAGAAACCACGUCAAGCCCCGUCGGUGGUCCGCGACAUUCCAACAGCUGAAGAUCCCGAAGAAGACUAUACUCUAUCCGAGAAAACAGCUCAAAUUGAAAAGGUUGCCGAACAAACGAAUUCACGAAUCACCAGGCGAAACUCCAGUCCAAGGUCUAAAAGUCCAAGGGCUAGAAGUCCGUCCUCCAAUCGCCCACCCAUUGUUCUAGCGUUUGACAACAUGCGAUUACGGGUGGGCGAUGCAGUCUACGCUGAGGCAUACCAGCCCAUCUUAAGCAAAUACCUGGAAUUAACCCAAGAAGAUUAG